UAUAAUUUAGAAACCAUGAUCUUCAAGCUUCAAGCGUUCUCAGACGACUUGUUUUUAACAAUGAAUUAUCUGAAUACGUUUUAUCUGUCAAAGCUAACAGCUUCUUUCUGUCUAAGAACUGAUGUUUUUCUUACUCAUUGAUUUCUUGAUCCGGUUAUUGUUAAAUUUGUCUCUGUGCUCGAUGUUUUGUGAUAAAAAUAAUUUAGAAUCCACAGUUUAGAAACACGGAAUCUUAUAGCAGCUGCUGUUUCGAUUGGCUUUUUUACAAAGGAUCUUAUAUUCACGAGAAUCAUUUGGGUUAUAUUUUCAUAUUGCUCCAUGGAUCACAUGUCGGCCAAGGUUUUACAUGGUAUGAACUUGAGUAUCACUUCAAGUAAAAAUUAACUUCUUCAAUCAGCAUCAGCUCUGCAGUUUUUUUGGUGUAAUUUAUUUUUCAUGCCUUGAGAGAUCCUUCGCCAGUUUGGGCUUGUAGGCAGUCCUUUAGUAUUUCAAGUUAAAAAAUUGUUUUUAUUUUAUUUUAUUUUGAUCUGCACAAAAAAGGGACAGGGAAUUGAAUUUCAUACUCGUAACAACAAAACUUACCAGAGAAUUUAGUGGACCACUUCGAGCUGGUGCUAUGCUCACCCUGCUGUUUGUAUAUGACCCUUUGCCUCCUGAAUCUUUUGGUAACUUGUGAUAAAAGUGUUUAUAAUCAUUUUUGACACUCGUCACCGUUAUACUAAGUAAAUGGAUCCGAGGAGGUUGCUGUUGCAGAACCCAGACCUUUUGUAUGAAAUUCAUUUGUAACAGUAGCAUGCUUCACAAUGAGAGCAGAAUUAGCUAUCUUAAAUGUUGUGGGGAAGUAAAAAAUCAACGAUGUGCCAUUAAAUGUUAAAGAACAAUGUUAUUACUACGAAAUUAAUAUUAGAACAUGCACGCAUAGUGCUGAUUUUAAAGUAUCUUUGAAGUGUUUUUACUCGCAAUGAUAGCUCACAUUUCAGUCAAAAAUAUCAAAUUAGACCGUAGUAGAUCUCUAAUAUUUUGUCGAUGUCCUGAUGAUGACUUCCAUAAAUAUAUUUUUGUCUAAUAUAUGUAGCUAGGCAACGUCAAAAUGAGUUAAUCAUUCUUUCUGUUUUCCUCUUUCAGCAAUCUGAGUCGUAUCUCAUUCUCAGGUAAGACUAGCUUCUUCCACAAAAGCAGCCUUCAAAGUUAAUGCAGAUAGAUUUGAAAAGUUUGAAGGAGCCUUCAAAUUACAAGACAAGCUAUAUGUGUUGCUUACAUGGGAACAUGACUGCUUUGAGUUUAAUAAUGUUGUCUUCAGCCUUCUUCAUGAGUCAAGCUCUGGAAUGCUGGUUACUGGAAUUGACUUGUCAAAUCUAAUUCUGGUAGUGUAGGUCCUGAAGGAGGUGUAACACACAAGUGCUGACAUAAAAUUUUUGGAGAGAUUUCGUAACUUGGUUAUCUUAGAGUCUUUGUUCUUAUUUUCUUUCCUUUUCUUUCUUACAUAGGUAAGCUUAGAGGUAACAUCCUAUACAAAGCUGACACAAUCAAUAAGGAUCGUGUUACUUUUAUUUAUCAGUAUGUUAUGAUUUUCCAACUUUUCCCAUAUAAUUAUUUUAUUGCCCACAAUAAGAAAAUGAAGUGCUCAGAUUUGUCAAGGCUUUUGAACUCCUUUAUAUUUUUUGCGUUUUUAUUGUACGUCCAGAGCAACCAUAGUCUUGAAACAUGGCUGCUUGAGAGAUUCUGUUUGUUACCUGAAUAGACUUUGAUAUUGGAAUCUCACCUUUACACAUGGCUGAAGUUUAUUACGAGGCCCAACUUAAAUUUAUCUUUUAAUUGUGAUAUAUAUGUCAGUUUUCCGUCAUCCAUUUUUUUUUUAAUGAAAAUAUAUUUACACGCAAACGCUGGCAUUCCUACGUCAGUUUGUUUUCUUUUUCCUUGAUGCCCCAGAUACCGAUGAAAACAGAACAAGUAAUGAAGCAGCUGAAACCAACUUUUUUCAGGAAUGUUGUGAAAGAUAUUCCAAGACCUGGUCCAAGUUCUCCAGGAGACAACAUGAAAGUUAACGUGGUUGAUUGCAAAGCGCAGGAACUUGUUUCUCCAAAUGCUCCUUUAGAAGAGGACAGACCUGGGGAAGUAAAAAUGGAGGCUUCCAUAACACCAGAUGAUGUUAUACGAGCUGGUGGCUUUGGAGCUAGAGAUGAUAUAAGUAGCUUUCUUCCUGUUGCAAGUGAUUCAACAGGCUUUGAAGCAACAAUCCUUGAUGCUAAAAACUAUGAAGAGCCACAGGGAGAAAUACAAAGCCCAGGUCUUGGCUGGACAGAAGCGACAGAAAGGAAGCAGUUGUUUUGCCAGUCCUUGAGACCUAGUUGCCACAGACAACUUUUUCUGGUGUUUCUGGCUUCUGAUAUUUUGUGGCAUGUUCGUAACAUGUAACUCCGUGGUUUAAAUUUAUUAGCUAUUUAUUUCAUGUUUCUGUUUGCA